AUGAGCGGAGGAGGAGGAGGAGGAGGAGGGGAAGAGGAGAGGAGGAGAGGAGGAGGAGGAGGAGGAGGAGGAGGAGGAGAGGAGGAGGAGAGGAGGAGGAGAGGAGGAGGAGAGGAGGAGAGGAGGAGAGGAGGAGAGGAGGAGGAGCGAGAUAGAGAGUGUGUGGAGGAGGAGGAGGAGGUCAGAGUGUGUGGAGGAGGAAGAGGAGGUCAGAGUGUGUGGAGGAGGAGGAGGUCAGAGUGUGUGGAGGAGGAAGAGGAGAGUGUGUGGAGGAGGAAGAGGAGGUCAGAGUGUGUGGAGGAGGAAGAGGAGGUCAGAGUGUGUGGAGGAGGAAGAGGAGGUCAGAGUGUGUGGAGGAGGAAGAGGAGGUCAGAGUGUGUGGAGGAGGAAGAGGAGGUCAGAGUGUGUGGCGGAGGAAGGAGGUCAGAGUGUGUGGAGGAGGAGGUCAGAGUGUGUGGAGGAGGAAGAGGAGGUCAUAGUGUGUGGAGGAGGAGGAGGAGGUCAGAGUGUGUGGAGGAGGAAGAGGAGGUCAGAGUGUGUGGAGGAGGAGGAGGUCAGAGUGUGUGGAGGAGGAAGAGGAGGUCAGAGUGUGUGGAGCAGGAAGAGGAGGUCAGAGUGUGUGGAGGAGGAAGAGGAGGUCAUAGUGUGUGGAGCAGGAAGAGGAGGUCAGAGUGUGUGGAGGAGGAAGAGGAGGUCAGAGUGUGUGGCGGAGGAAGGAGGUCAGAGUGUGUGGAGGAGGAAGAGGAGGUCAUAGUGUGUGGAGCAGGAAGAGGAGGUCAGAGUGUGUGGAGGAGGAGGAGGAGGUCAGAGUGUGUGGAGGAGGAAGAGGAGGUCAGAGUGUGUGGAGGAGGAGGAGGUCAGAGUGUGUGGAGGAGGAAGAGGAGGUCAGAGUGUGUGGAGGAGGAAGAGGAGGUCAGAGUGUGUGGAGGAGGAAGAGGAGGUCAGAGUGUGUGGAGGAGGAAGAGGAGAUCAGAGUGUGUGGAGGAGGAAGAGGAGGUCAGAGUGUGUGGAGGAGGAGGUCAGAGUGUGUGGAGGAGGAGGUCACAGUGUGUGGAGGAGGAGGAGGAGGUCAGAGUGUGUGGAGGAGGAGGUCAGAGUGUGUGGAGGAGGAGGAGCGGAGUGUGGAGGAGGAGGUCAGAGUGUGUGGAGGAGGAAGAGGAGGUCAGAGUGUGUGGAGGAGGCGGAGGAGGCCAGAGUGUGUGGAGGAGGAGGUCAGAGUGUGUGGAGGAGGAGGUCAGAGUGUGUGGAGGAGGAAGAGGAGGUCAGAGUGUGUGGAGGAGGAUGAAGGAGGUCAGAGUGUGUGGAGGAGGAGGUCAGAGUGUGUGGAGGAGGAAGAGGAGGUCAGAGUGUGUGGAGGAGGAGGAAGGAGGUCAGAGUGUGUGGAGGAGGAAGAGGAGGUCAGAGUGUGUGGAGGAGGAGGAGGAGGUCAGAGUGUGUGGAGGAGGAGGAGGAGAGGUUUGUGGUGUGUUGUAUAGAGGUUUGUGUUGUGUAGAGAGGUUUGUGUUGUGUAGAGGUUUGUGUUGUGUAGAGAGGUUUGUGGUGUAUUGUGUAGAGAGGUUUGUGGUGUGUUGUGUAGAGAGGUUUGUGGUGUGUUGUGUAGAGAGGUUUGUGGUGUGUUGUGUAGAGGUUUGUGUUGUGUUGUGUAGAGGUUUGUGGUGUGUAGAGAGGUUUGUGGUGUAUUGUGUAGAGGUUUGUGGUGUGUUGUGUAGAGGUUUGUGUUGUGUAGAGAGGUUUGUGGUGUGUUGUGUAGAGGUUUGUGGUGUGUUGUGUAGAGGUUUGUGUUGUGUAGAGAGGUUUGUGUUGUGUUGUGUAGAGGUUUGUGGUGUGUUGUGUUGUGUAGAGGUUUGUGUUUGUGUUGUGUUGUGUAGAGGUUUGUGUUGUGUAGAGAGGUUUGUGUUGUGUUGUGUAGAGGUUUGUGGUGUGUUGUGUUGUGUAGAGGUUUGUGUUUGUGUUGUGUUGUGUAGAGGUUUGUGUUGUGUAGAGAGGUUUGUGUUGUGUUGUGUAGAGAGGUUUGUGGUGUGUUGUGUAGAGGUUUGUGGUGUGUUGUGUUGUGUAGAGAGGUUUGUGUUUGUGUUGUGUAGAGGUUUUGUGGUGUGUUGUGUAGAGAGGUUUGUGGUGUGUUGUGUAGAGGUUUGUGGUGUGUUGUGUUGUGUAGAGAGGUUUGUGGUGUGUUGUGUAGAGCUUUACUUGGUUGGAGGCCGCUGGAGCGCGUGGGAGAAGCGCUUUGGCUUUUGCCGCGAGUUUGGGUGCUCCACAAUCGAGGCUCUCUCCACGUGUGGUCUAUACCAGGGCUACCACUCUGAAAGGCAGCCGCUGUUCUGUCCACCUCUGUCUCGCAUGUCUCUGGAGACGCUGGAGCGCGCUCACGUGUGGCCUCCUGGCUCGGAUCACACCGCUACAGCGUGCACGAGCGCUGGAGUGCUCUAG